AUGCGUUACGCUGCUGUGUUGGUGUUGAGCCUGUGGUUUCUGAGCUUCUGUGCGCUUGUACAUGCUCAGUCUCAUGAGGACCCGCCUGAAAUCAACGUGGCAACAACCUUUCCCAACAACCCAUUCAACAUUGUGAAGAAUGGAGAGGCUACCCGGGUCGUGUUCACCUUCAGUCAGCCCCGCGGUGCUGACCGCGCCGUAUCCGUCCGUUCUCUGACAGGAGCAUUCCUCGACCCGGCGCGCCAAGAUGGACACAAAAGGCGCGUUCUGCGAAACAUGACAACACGAGUAAUGCAUGAUGACAUGCUCAUUCAAAUUGUGGACGGGAAGCCAUUGCAGCUGCCCUUCGAUGUGUAUUCCGAAUUCAAGCCGCAGAAACUUGACGUUGAAUUCCGAGCUAUGGUCUCUGACAGAUCUUCAUCAAACAAUUACAAUGUCCUAUUGUAUCGCGGCUCCGUCACAGUGGAAGAACCCCCGCAGAGCCUCUGGGAUUGGCAACUUCUCUCGGUUUACGCGAUCGUCCUUGCCCUGCUCGGUGGUGUCGGCUACUGGAUGUACAACGCCUACAUUGCUCCUAUGCUACGUACAAAGACUGUGCCAACAAAACGUCGAGAUGCCAAGACGACUCCUGUCGCUGUGAGCUCCAAUGGUAAAACCUACGACGAGGACUGGAUCCCUGAGUCACUUCAAAACCAGCAACAGCGUCCGCGUACCCGCAAAAACCGCAGCAGAAAGUAG